AUGACACCCCCCAAUAACCCCCCAGACCACAAAGCCCUCAUGACCCAAGCCCUCACCCUCGCCAGGUCCUCCCCCUGUCUACCCACCAACUACCGCGUCGGCGCCCUCCUCGUCGACCCAUCCCCUCCAUCGCAAUCACCAGAAUCACCCACCCCAUCCUCCCCCAAAAUCCUCUCAACAGGCUACACGCUCGAGCUCCCCGGCAACACGCACGCGGAGCAGUGCUGCCUCGCCAAGGUCUCCUCCUCCUCCUCCUCCUCGGAUGCUCAACCACCCAGCACCGAGCUCCCAGACGACGAGCAAGUACAGCAACUAGCCCUGCCCAGGGGCCGGCUGGCGCUGUACACGACCAUGGAGCCGUGCGUGGAGCGCCUGAGCGGCAACCUGCCGUGCGUCAAGCGCAUCCUCGCCUACCGGGAUUUUAUCAGCGACGUCUACGUCGGCGUGCUGGAGCCCGAGACCUUUGUCAAGGGCAACUCGGGCCGCGCCGUGCUCGAGGCCGCCGGCAUCAGGGUGCACCACGUCGCCGGUCUAGAGGACGAGAUCCUCGAGGUCGCCACGGCCGGCCAUGCUCGCCCUACCGUCGAGCCAUAG